UGUUGCACCUGGCGCGUAGGUUUGGAACGUAGCAUAUAAGAUAACAAUAAUCAGUAAACGUAAGAUAAAAAGUUUUAAAGAAGUUUGUAAAGUAAUUAUCCAAGUCAUUUAACUACGAAACGUGAAAAUGAAAUGUAGUAUUUUCAUUCCGUCGUUAAUAAUAAGCUUUCUUUUGCUGGACAAUGUGAUGAGUUUACACAAGCGAUGUAUACGAUGUCGGUCACGUGGUGAAUUGGGGACAUGUGGAGAUCCAUUUCCAUUUAAUGUCACAGAACCUGAUGCUGAAGUUGGUAUCCAUGUUGUGGCUUGCCCUUCAGGGUGGUGUGGAAAACUUAUUGAAGGAACAACUGGUGCUUUCCGAUCAGAUGAUUAUGGUGCUGCAACCCAAAGGAUGUGCUUGCAGAGGCCUCCGAGUGACUAUGAAGAAAGGUGUGCAUACACAAUGUGGAAUCACAAGAAAGUUUAUAUGUGUUUCUGCAAUGGUGAUCUCUGCAAUGCUGCCUUUAGAAUCUCAAAGUUUCCUAUAACUCUCAUAAUAUCAAUACUUCUAAGUCUCUAUAACUUUUUAUAGUGAAUUUAUGUUAUUAAUAACAAAACAACCUAAAAGUUCUUAAACAAUGAAGUAUUAUAUGUAUAGACUUGAGCUCAAAGAGUUUAAUAAAUAUAAAUCUGAUUCAUUUUAAAAAGAUACCAAAUGUGAGUCAUACUUUUUGUGCCUAUAAUAAAAUUCCAUCUUUGUUGUGACUGAAUAAUGCAAUAAUAUAAAUUAUUUUUAUAUAUUUACAAUUUUAGCCUCUUAAGAUUUUAAUGAAUAUCCUUUUCAAUAUUGUUUUUGAAUAGGUACUAGCUUUUGUAUUAAAAAAUCCAAAUUAAUUAUUAACAAUAAUAUAUAUUUUCUUACAUACCAUUGUUCUGUGUAUUUGUGGUUAAAAAACCUAACAUACCUACAUGUUGUAUGUUGGUCUUUUGAUAUAUUUGUCUCAAACAGAGGCCUGUCGUAAAUAUUUCCUUCUGCUUUAUCAGCUUAGACAUAAAGUUAGACAAUAUUAGCAUCCAGAUUAUGAUAUUACUAAUUGUUUAUACAUGUAAUGUUUCCUAAGUUACCUGUAAAAAUAUAUUUAUGUAUAACUUUAUGAUAAAAUUGGAAGUGUUAAUCUCAAAUAAGCUAAACAACUGUGAUUUUAAUGUUCUUUUCUAUGCAGCUAAAUUGUACUUAAAACUAUAACUACUUGUGAUAUUUUCUCUCUUUUUUUAAAUGAGAAUAGGAAUGAAUUGACUAGGUUCUAGUUUUAUAAGUAUUUUUAGAUAUUCCAUACUUACAUAAUUAUUCACCCACAGUACUUACGUAUUCAAGUUCUGUCUACUCACCAAUCAAAUAUAAUGAAGUUAGGCUCAUUCAGGAAAAUUCUCAGUUGCAUAAAAAAAUAUAUCAUAAAUUUCUAGUAAUUUCCUAAUUAGACACCUAAUUUUUAAUAUUACAAUUGAGUAUCCAGUACAGUAACAUAAUAAAUGUUAAUGUAAUGAAAUAUGGUUACCAACCCUAUUCUAAAACUGUUUAUUUUUAAGGCAAUUUAUUUUUGUUCUUUUCUCUAUUUUGCUAAUAAAAUUUAAAAAAGCUUUGCAAUGUGAAAUUCUUAUGUAUAAAAAAAUCUUCAUCAUUAAACAUUCUCAUAAAAUUUUAUCAAUGUUCAUAUAUUUUAAGUACAACUAUUUUUGUAUGACUUUUUUACAUUCCAAUAAGAUUAAAGAAGAAUGUUGUGGGUAAGUGAAAAAAUUAAACAACAAUUGAAUGUAUCCACCUCAUGUAUUCACAUUUUUAUUGCUAGUAAAGUAACAAUUAUGACUUUUACGAAUAUUUUUACAUUAUUUUGUAUAUAAAUAUAUAAAUUUACUGUUGUGAUGUUGCAUGUUCUUAUUUUUACUGCUACGGUCGGUUAUAAGGCCACGUAUGACGUAUGCUGCCGAGGCGAUGGGGUUUGAGUUUAUUCUGUAUUCUCAGUUCUUGAUUUUCAAGUAGGGACUCGAUGUGAGGGAUCUCGUGGAAGUAAAGGUGGCCAUGGCUAUUGGCCUUUGCAACAGCUGCUAUCGCUUCGGAACCUUCAAGCAAAUAGGGGUCGAGUGGAUCACUUGCGGUAUCUGUAUCUGUUCGCGAUAUGGAAUGUUGGAAGCGAGGCGGAGAGAUCGGUGGUAGGAACAGGCCCUCCGGCCAUAAGGACUCCGGAUCCGGCGAGUCCACUUUGUACGGCGAAGGUGGCAGUACAGGUAUUGAUAUGUCCAUAUUAUUGUUGUAUAGCCAAGGUGCUACGCUCAGAGAGUUGCCACGCGUAAUAUCUUCGUUAUUGAAAGGAAUAGCAGGCCUCAUGCGUGGGUAACCAUUUCCUGGAGGCUGCUCAUACAUUGGCCUUCUGAACUUCCUGAAUGAAUUAGUCUGCGCAGGAUUUGACCUCCUGGCGAGUGUGGAGAUCGGAUCGCCCACCCCGUGCGUGAAGCUCCUGGCAGGCGUGUUGACGCUCACGUGCGAUGCGAACUGCGUGCCUGAUGCUGACACUUGCGAGCUCCACUGCACGACCCAUAGUAAAACGCAAGGCAGGCCUGUGAUGUAACCGGUCGAUGCUUUCUGAAAAAUAAAUAACAACUUAUUAUAAUAAAGGAAAACAAAAGUUGUUACUUAGUCUCUUGGUGAAAAUCAGCGUCAUGGCUGCUGAGCUGGAGGCUAUUU